UUGAAAAUGGCCACCUCUCUCGAUCAAUCCAAUGUAUCGAAUUCUUUAGCACUCAAAAAUGGAAAUGAAUCUGAAACUCAAUCAGAAACAAAUUCAUCAUUACAACAACAACUCGAAAGCUUAAGAGCAGAGAAAUCAACUCUUGAAGGACAAUAUGGAGCUUUACUUGGAAAACUUACCACAAUGCGUAACACACUAGGAGAUAAACUUAGACAAGAUGCUGAUGAAUUAGAUAGAAGAGAACAACAAAUUUCACAACUUCAAAUCCAAAAUGAAGAAUUACAUUCAGGAUUAGAAUCACUUAAAAACGAAAUCAUCAUUUCAAAUGAAGAACAAGAAAGAUUAGAAAAAGAAAUCCAUCAAUUAAGAUCACGUCAGAUCGAUUCACAAAAGCUUAUGGAAGAAGAACAUUAUGAACGUGAAGAAGUUUAUCGUGAGAGUCGAGAAGAAUUAGAAAUGAUUAAAAACCAAUUAGAAGAUUCAAAAAGAGAUCUCGUUUUAGAAUCUCUUAAACGUGAACAAGCUGAAUCUAAAGUUCAAAGUAUGGAAAAUGUGAUUAGUAGUAUGUCAAAUGAUUUAAAACUUUUAAAGGAAGAUCGUGAUAUGCAGGCAGAGAGUGCUUCUAAUUUACAAUCUGUUCUUGAAGAAUUUCAAGCAGCUAAAGACAGUGAAAUAAGUAAUGUGGUCAGUGAGACACAAAACCGACUAGUAGAAUUGGAAACCGAACUGGCACUCUAUAAGCAGAAAGCUUCGGCAGCAGAGGCAAAAUUGGCAGCAACUCAAUCGGAUACUGUACUUUGUGAAUCUUUGAAAAAAGAAUUGAAGGAAAAAAACAUUCUAAUUGGCAAAAUUAGGCAUGAAGCUGUGAUCUUGAAUGAGCACCUCACAGAAGCACUUCGUAGGUUACGUAGGGAUACAGCCGAACACAGCGUGGAUAGGCGUCUCGUCACAAAUGUUCUCCUUUCAUUCAUCACCACACCUAGAGCUGAUACAAAACGAUUCGAGAUGCUCUCAUUGCUGGCCACCAUUCUAUCUUGGAACGACGACCAACGGCAACAAGUAGGCCUACAGAAAGCCACCCCUGGCACUUCUCGCACUACUCGUAAUGGACCAAUCGCCAAAGUUUCGUCAGAUCUACAACGUACUUCACUUCGCUCUGAUGAAGAUGAUACUUUAGGAGAUGGGGAUACAUUUACAGAUCAAUGGGUUUCCUUUUUACUACGUGAAGCUAAUUCAUCUACUCCAACACCCACGCCCACUUUCAAAUCCUUUUCAUCUCCAAUUCAUCCUUCUUCUUCUUCUUCUUCUUCAAAUUCAAUAACAACUCAUAAACCUUCAGAUCAACUUCAUUCUCCUGGUUCAAGUAGUUUAUCUACUCUUUCUGCUCUUACUAGACCUACAUCUGAAUUAUUGUAAAGAAAACAAAAGCCUUUUUGCAGUUUUAAACUUGAUACCCUUCUUUCGAAAUUGUAACGAUUAGUUUUCAUUUCUUUUACAUUUAAGCUUUGUAUGUCUUCUUUCUCGUAAGCUUCUUUCUCUCUGUCUUGCUCUUUGUAGUAAACGCAACAUGCCUCUCUAAGAUUGACAAUCUUCAGAAAGACUUAUUCAGUCCUUGUUCUGCUUCUGUUUUUUAUGUUAUCCAAGUGUUUUUAAUCUUUUUCUUAUCUCUUCUGUGUCAGCAUAUUUGGGCUCUUGUGAACUUCAAUUCAGAGUACAAACUUUAUCAUCAAAUCAGGUACUUGCAUUCAGAGUAAUCGACAGACUUGAGUGAAGAACCUUACAACCAUCAAAAGUGUGUGAUUAGACUGUCCUCAAUUGAUUUCCAAAUUUUCGAGCAAUUUCAAAGCUAUACCAAAGUGCCAUCUAUUGUUUUCUCAUUUCCCUCUGGCUUAGGUGAUUAUAAAUUUGUCACUUUUCAUUAUCUGCUAUUGCAAUCGAGGUAUAACUGACAUAACCAGCCAUCACC